AACAAUUAGUAGCUCAGAAGAUCCAUAUAGAGGAGAAUGAAGACAGAGAUACAGGAUUGGAACAAAGGCAUAAUAAAGAAGAUCCUGACUGCAUUAAAGCAAAGGUGCCCUUGGGGGAUUUGGAUCUCUAUGGUGGCACUUAUAUCACCUUAGAGAGCAAAGACAUCAGUCUUGAAGAUUAUGUAGACACAAAGUCUCCUUUACCUCUAGACCUAGAAGAACCAGAAUGUACUAAAAUUUUAGAUCUGCCAUACAGCAUUCAUGCAUUCCAGCAUUUACGGGGUAUUCAAGAAAGAGUUAAUCUUUCUGCACCCUUGUUACCUAAAGAAGAUCCUGUAUUGAAUUACCUAUCAAGACGAUUAGGAAGGAAUAUAGAAGAGAUAGGCCAUCGCAUAUAUGAAGGUCUCAUGAAGAAUUCAUCUUCCUGGGUGUUAUACAAUAUGGCUUCCUUCUAUUGGAGAAUAAAAAAUGACCCAUAUCAAGUAGUGGAAUGUGCAAUGCGAGCUCUCCAUUUUUCUACAAGGCAUAAUAAAGAUGUUGCACUGAUAAAUCUGGCAAACGUGUUACACAGAGCGCACUUCUCUGCUGAUGCAGCUAUUGUAGUCCAUGCUGCUCUGGAUUACAGUGAUGUCUUCACCAGCUAUUAUACUUUAGGAAACAUAUAUGCAAUGCUUGGGGAAUACAACCACUCAGUUUUAUGUUAUGAUCAUGCUUUACAGGCCAAGCCAGGGUUUGAGCAAGCAAUUAAAAGGAAGCAUGCUGUCCUAUGCCAGCAAAAGCUUGAGCAAAAACUUGAAGCUCAACACAGAUCACUUCAACGAACAUUAAAUGAAUUGAAGGAAUAUCAGAAGCAACAUGACCAUUACUUGAGGCAGCAGGAAAUCUUAGAAAAGCACAAACUGAUUCAGGAAGAGCAGAUCCUGAGGAAUAUUAUCCAUGAAACACAGAUGGCGAAAGAGGCACAAUUAGGAAACCAUCAGAUUUGUCGCUUGGGUAAUCAGCAGCACAGCUUGCAUUGCCAGUGGGACCAACCUGUCCGUUAUCACCGUGGUGACAUGUUUGAAAAUGUUGAAUAUGUUGAGUUUGGUGGUGAUUCUUCAAUUGCUACUAUGGCAUCCAUGAAUUCUGAACUUCAGGUCAACAGCAGUGAUCUCAGCCACUCCUUGGAGUCCUCCCCUUGGGUCCAUUCUGUAUUCUCAUUAUGGGGUUUGGAAGCUGAUGAUUAUAGGGAUAAGCAGAAUGUUAUGUGGCCUAAAAGAUCAGAUUGUAUAAAAUCCUAUCCAGCUAUCCCUUCCCCAGAGGAAUUGCCAACCUAUAUCCUACACCCAGAAAACAGGGGACAAAGAAUCCGUUCGAUACUUGACAAUCCAGGGGAAGACCUCACACAGACAGAAGUUCAUGAGCCAGAUUGUUCUUCCAUUACUGACACCCCUAACAGUGACUCUGUGUACUUCUUGAUCAAAGAACUAAACAGGCAUCUAGAUCUGACGGAAAAGAUGCCAGAUGAUUAUGCAAAGCAAAUCUUAUAUUCUCGUGUCAACAAUCAGUCAUUUACACAACAGCAAAUAGGAUCAUUCAUCCAUCAUGCGAUUUUAAAGCUGUAUUAUGUCAGCAGGGUCACCUCCAUCCACAUGCCUGGUGACACAUUCAAAAACUUCUUGAAGUUUGGUUACUGUCAUGAGAAGAGCCAAGAUGACAACCAUGCCAAGCAGAAGUACUUUAACCCACAGGAUUCUGAUAUCAUACUAAUAGAAGAAACUCUCAAGACAGCUACUGAAGAUGAUUUGACAGAUCAGGUUCAUAAUUCAGCAGGGGAUUCAUCCUCUUUGACUUUAGAAAGUACUGUUAUUGCAGAAAACAAUGACUCAGAAGAAAUAGAAAGUUUAGGAGAUGUUCAGAUGUCUGAUGAGAUGCUAGCAUUAGUGGAUGAGUUUGAAAACUCUUGGCCCCUUGAAGCUUUUGAAGGGGCACUGGAAGUAAAAGGCCAUCGGAUGGAUUUGCAAGGAAUCCGUGUCCUCAAGAAAGGUUCUCAAGAUGGACUUGCCAGCUCCUGUUUGGGAGAUUGUGGAGAUGAUGAUGGUGAUGAUGGUGAAACUGAAUGGAUCACAUUUCAAGUAAAACGUGUAAAGAAACACAAACCAGAAAAUACAGACCCACAAGAACCUGCUGGAAGAAAUGGAGAGGAAGGAGUAGCUGGAGAAAAUGAAAACCUUUACCAAAUGGCAUUGGAAAUCACUGGGCCAAAAAUACCUUCCCCUGGGCCACCUGGAAGAAAGAAAGACUAUCGUAGCUUGGGCUGGCCAAGUCCUGAUGAGUGCAUUAAGUUCCGCAGAAUGGAUCUUACUACAGUAGCCAGCACAUGGCUAGCUGUUUCUGCUAAAAAUAUUGAUGUCUCAGGAUUGACAUACUCCUCCUAUUUUAACAUGAAGCCACCGGGGCAGGUCAUCUGUCAGCAUGGAACCAGCAUCACAGAGCACAUUGAUUUUGCCACUCCCCUGCAAGAGCCAGCCAUGGAGCCUCUCUGCAAUGGCAACCUGCCUGCCAGCAUGCAUACAUUGGAUCAUCUCCAUGGUGUUGCCAAUCGAGCCAGUCUCCAUUACAUGGGAGAGAAUCAACUGAAAGAGGUAUUGCAGAAUCUUGGAAAAGACCGUUAUCCACCACAGUCUUUAGAACAAGUUGGUACUCGAAUAGCCAAAGUACUCGAAAAGAAUCAAACUUCUUGGAUCCUUUCCAGCAUGGCAGCCCUUUACUGGAGGGUAAAAGGUCAAGGGAAGAAAGCAAUUGACUGCUUGCGGCAAGCCUUACAUCACACGCCAUAUUACAUGAAGGAUGUGCCUCUCAUAAGUUUAGCAAAUAUCUUCCACAAUGCAAAGCUUUGGAAUGAUGCUAUCAUCGUGGCUACAAUGGCAGUAGAGAUUGCUCCACACUUUGUCGUCAAUCAUUUCACCUUGGCUAAUGUUUAUGUAGCAAUGGAGGAGUUUGAGAAGGCGAUGAGGUGGUAUGAAUCUACAUUGAAGCUUCAGCCUGAAUUUGCACCAGCAAAGAAUCGAAUUCGUGCCAUUCAGUGUCAUUUACUCAUGAAAAACGAAAGACAUUCUCCUUAAAUAUUACAAUCAUCUUCCCUUUUUUUUCCAAGACAGCAAAAUCAUUGUUCAUUAAUAGGUUUGAAAUGAGGUGAGCUAAUAGAAAUUGGAAAACACUGUUUCUAGUAAGAGUUGGAGGUUGGUUGUAUUAUUCAGAAACAAGAAUAUCUUUGGAGAAACUAUAAUAAAAAUGUUAUACCAGACAAGUGUAUAAACCAAUAUAGAGCCCAGAGAACUUCCACAUGCCUGUGACCCAAACAUCAUUAGAUUUUCCACAAUACUUGAUUGGAUGCCAGCAUAAAAUUUAACCUGCUUCUUGUCUUAGCACAUCUAUGAAAAUGCAAAGCACAUCAUUGCACCAGACACCGUAUGUAAGAGGAAGGCUUUUCAUCUGUCAGGAGCUCAUAUUCUACCACUUCAUCCAGUCCAUACUGCAGCAUUACCAGCUCAGAGAAAGAUUGUGAGAUAAUGCAGGAGAUUGCAAAUCAUUUUAAUGCAUCUUAAGAACAAACAGCCUUCUAUCUAUUGUUGCUUUUAUU